AUGGAUAAAUGGGACGAAUCUCGAAAUAUCCAAAAGGGUGAGAAUUUUGAUUCUUAUUUACUUAGAUUAAAACGAAUUUUAGAUAAUUGUGAAUAUGAGAAAAUCGGAAGAAAAAAUAUAAAAGAUUCGAUGUUAUGGGAUCAAAUCGCAUUCGGUAUAAUAGAUGCGGAUUUAAAGAAAAGAUUUCUAAGAAAAAAACUAGAUAAGUUAAAUUUACAAGAUGUUAUUGGUCAAUGUAAAGUUCAAGAAAUAACGGAAAACAAAUUUAAAAAUCUAAUCUCAGAAGAAAAACAUGUAAAUAAAAUUGAUAGAGAGUCAAAAUUAAAACAAUACUUAGAACAAAGAUACAAUCGGGCUAUUAAUCUUAUCGAUGAGUUCGAGGAAAUUCAGAGUGAAAUAGAUUUGUUAAGCGUUGAUGGCGAGUCACAAAACGCGGAGAGGGAGGCAUUCAUAGCGAGUUUUUACGCAAAUACGGCUAAAGCUAAACGAAUGUUAACAAAUAGAAAUAUAUGCGCCGAUUCGUCGUUCAUUGUAGGACCUUCCCCGGAUCAACAUGUAAAGCUACCGGUUAUAGAUUUACCAAAGAUUGACGGUGGUUACGACGCAUGGCUAGGGUUUAGAGACAUUUUCGAAUCGUUAAUUCAUAACAAUACAAUGAUAAAUGACAUCAAAAAAUUUCAUUACUUACUGUCGGCACUGACCGGUAAUGCUCGUCAGGUUAUCGAAAGCUUAGAAUUGACAAAUUUUAACUAUGAAGUCGCUUGGGGGUUGAUUCGCGAGCGUUAUGAUAACCCGCGGAUAUUAAUUCAUAAUCACGUUAAGGCAUUGUUCGAAAUUGAAGGGGUUUCGGGUGAUAAUCCACAGCCGAUUCGAAGUUUUAUUGACGACUUUCGUAAACAUCUGCGCGCGUUAGCUGCAUUAAAUGAACCUACGGAUAAUUGGGACACGCUACUUAUUUAUUUAGCCGUGUCGAAAUUGGACGCUGAUUCCAAUCGGGAGUGGGAAAGGAAAAAGUCCGGUUUAAAGAAAGCGAAUUUAGAAAAUUUGUUAGGGUUUUUGAAAGAACGCGCUGAUUUAUUGGAAACUUUGGAAAACGGUUCGGGUAAGCGAGUAACAGAUAAAUCAAAACCGAAAUCAAAAAUGUUUUUGGUUGCUGAUUCGGGUGUUAAGCGUUGUGUAAACUGCAAUGGGGAACAUUACAUACAGGAAUGUUCAAAUUCCAUUAAACUUACGGUCCAGGGCCGUAGAGACCGGGUCAAACAAUUAAAGGUGUGUAUGAAUUGUCUUCGGUCGGGACAUUUUGUUAAACAAUGCCGUUCGAGCUCUUGUAAACGGUGCAAUUCGCGUCAUCAUACCGUACUUCAUUUAACGCACGAUCGCUCAGACUCACCGCCACAACCAACGACAUCCACCCAAGCACACAGUCUAAAUUUCGCACAGCAUGCAAAUCAUUCAAACAUCUUACUCUCCACCGUAACUAUUCACGCAUUCGACAGACAUAACAAAAAACAUUCAUUACGAGCACUCUUGGAUCCGGGCAGUCAAAGUAGUUUUCUUUCGGUAGAAGCUUGCAAGCGGUUAAGAUUGUCUAGAACAGCAACAAACGUUAAUGUAGCAACAAUAAAUCAAACACAGUCAACAAUAACGCGUUCUUGCUCAUUGGGAAUACAUUCACACUGUACGGAUUUUUCACUUAAGGUUAAUGGCUUGGUUAUAGCAACUAUCGCGAAUGAUUUACCCAAUUUUGAAAUAAACGCAAACACGUUAAAAAUACCUACACAUUCUUUUGGCGGAUCCAUUGUUCAAUAA